GCAAGGUAUAAAUAUCACCAGUCCCUCGACUCGUUCACGAAUGAGGAACCACCAAGUCCAAAGCAAGAUUCAAAGAAGCCCGAAAAGUUCAUCAAUCACCAAAAAUGCAGGAACCAACCUAUGACUCGAGCCGGCCCAUGCCAGCCCUUAGCAUAGUCUACGCCUACAAGCUCGUCAACUGCCCUGGCAAGACAAUUGUUGGGCUGCGCGUGGAAUUCCCCCCGAACGGAUCGACUCCACCCCACCGGCACGGCGGCGCCUCGGUUUCUGCCUACCUCAUCAGUGGCACGCUGUUGAACAAGAUGAACGACGACCCGAUGAAGGUUAUCGAGGCGGGAGGCACAUGGUACGAAGCCCCGGGUUGCCACCACCGCAUCAGUGACAACGCUAGUGAGACUGAGCCGGCCACUCUGAUGGCGGUCAUGGUUCUAGACUCGGAGAUAUAUGAUCGUGAUGGGAUGGCAGCGCUGCUCCAGAUCGAUGAGGAGUAUCGGUAGAUUUAAACACCGAGAAGUCUAGGUUCUUCCUGAGCGAGGAGGGUGAGUGUACUAUAGAUAGGUGUGGAAAGAGACAGAAUGAGUUAGAGAUUCUGUCGAUGAAGGGCAUGUCAAUACUGUCAAUUCACCGGUAGUACACCGUUUGAUGUAGGGUCUAUCAGUGGGUUAGAGAUUUUCGCUGUCGCUGGAUCUAGUCUUUCUUUUUCCGUCGAGAUUGG